AUGGGCAAAACCAAUACAUUUUUUACGCAUCCAUCCAGCAUUAAAGAAGCUCUCCAGGACAGCUCCAUUCUCCACGAUAAAGCUUUCGUUGGCGGUGAGUGGGUGGGCAGCAACAGCACUUUCCCCGUCUACGAUCCCGCCACCGAUAAAGUCAUCGCCAAUGUCGCAAAUCUCACUAUUAAGGAUUUCACCACCGCUAUUGAACAUGCCCACAAAUCCUUCAAAGUGUUCAAAACUACACAGGAGACUGCCCGAGCAAAGAUGCUCCAUGCUUGGGCAGCACUCAUCCGCCAACAUGCCAAAGAUCUCGGCGUGAUCUUGACUAUGGAGAACGGAAAGACAUUGGCAGAAGCAGAGGCUGAGGUUGAAUAUGGCGCAUCAUUCAUUACGUGGUUCGCGGAGGAAGCGGUACGUUCUUAUGGCGAUGUGAUCCCAUCUCGACAUCUCGGUAGCACGAAUAUCGUUAUUCGUCAGCCUAUAGGAGUCUGUGGCAUUAUUACCCCUUGGAAUUUCCCCAUCGCCAUGAUCACGCGAAAGAUUUCACCCGCAAUUGCAGCCGGGUGUACAGUAGUUGUCAAGCCACCCAGUGAGACACCGCUCUGCACACUCGCAUUGACGGCUCUCGCUAUGCAAGCCGGUAUUCCACCGAAUGUGAUUCAAGUCGUUACGACGAAGGAUCGAAACGCGGUGACAGAGCUAUAUACACACCCUCUGAUUAAAAAAAUCAGCUUCACAGGUUCGACUGGAGUUGGAAAAAUGAUCACCGAAAAGGCAGCCAAGACAAUAAAGAAAGUCAGCAUAGAGCUCGGUGGGAACGCGCCGUAUAUCGUAUUUAAUGACGCCGAUAUGGAUAUUGCUGUUGCGGGUGUGCUUGCUUGCAAAUUCCGAUGCAGUGGGCAGACAUGUGUAUGCGCGAAUAGACUCUAUAUCCAGAGCGGGAUUCACGAUGAGUUUGUCGAGAAGUUGAAGGAGUGUAUGGCAGGGUUCAAGAUCGGCAGCGGGCUCGAUCCGAGUGUCACGCAUGGACCGCUCAUCAAUGAGGCCGCGGUGAAGAAGACUAAGGAGCACAUUGACGAUGCUGUUUCCAAGGGGGCAAUGCUUGUCGUGGGCAGAAAGAGUCCUGAUGCUGCGGGCUAUUUGAUUCAGCCGGCUCUGCUCACAGGCGUCACCUCUAAGAUGUUGGUCGCGCGGGAGGAGACAUUUGGGCCGCUGGCGCCCUUGUUCAAGUUCGAGAUGGAAGAUGAUGUUGUUGCUCAGGCGAACGAUACGGAGUUUGGGCUAGCAGGAUACUUAUUCUCGAAUGACCUGAGAAAGAUUUGGAGGGUAGCAAACGCCCUCGAGGUAGGUAUGGUUGGCGUUAAUACUGGAGUGAUCAGCGCGUGCGAGGCGCCGUUUGGUGGUAUCAAAGAGAGUGGACUUGGGAGAGAAGGGAGUAAGUACGGAUUGGCGGAAUUUCAGGUUAUCAAGAAUAUCACUUUGGGGAAUUUACAUGUAGGGUAA